AAUGUUGAGUGCUCAGCCAUCCCUAUAUCACAUACAUAUCAAAAACAGAACACAAAUCAAACCUAUUUAUAUCACAUUAUUCAAAUGCUUUCGAAUCAUUCUACACACCGAACAGCAGUAAUCAUCCUAUUUUCUAUUUAAAUUUCAAAUCAGGUUCAUCUUUCUUUCAGGAUGGUACUAACUGACAACGACUCAAAUAAAUCAUCUUUCCGUAAAUCUGAGGAGACUUUAUAUGCAACAAAUGAAGAGUCAUUUGUGAUAAACUGUGAUCAGAAAAUACAGAAAAAUUUCGUCAACAUUUCGAAAUAUGACAAACGUGUGAUUGUGUUCUCUAUCAUACUCAUUAUAAUUGCAAUAAUCAUCGUUAUAGCCCCACACUUCUUUGGGUCGUACGACUUGAAUCCGGUUGUUCACUUUAUAAUGACUAUGGUAUUUUGCGUGUUAGCCAUAGCCAGUGGAUAUCUUAUCGUAAUUUCUACAUAUUUCAGAGAAAAACUGAUUACUGCUUUAAUUACUCUUCUCAUUUAUGGAAUAUGUUGCUCUAUUUGUCUGUCCAUUUUCUUUACCAGUGCUACACUUGUGGAUGUUAUUCUGGGUUGGGUUGCAGCUGUUGUCAUAUGUGCAUGUGGAGUAUUUUUAGGGGCAAUGAUAAAGAAAGAUUUGAUUAAGAAAUUCGACGCCUUCCUGCAUUGCCAUGGGGGUACUAAUUGCUUUCAAAAAAGUCAUGGUAUGUGA